GCCUUCAGAACUGAAGCUGGAAACCAUUAGAGACUUUCUGAAGCUGAGUAAACGCCUAGUAAACCAAAUGGAGCCUGUACGCAUCGCCAGAAACUAAGCAACGUACAUCUGAAGCUAUUACAGUUUACUGAUCAUCAGAAGCUAAGCAACAUCCAUCUGAGAAGCUACUAGAGUCCUUUUGUAUUCCUGCAGCUAAGCAAUCUUCAUCUGGAACUUGAUAGAACCAUUAGAACCACAGAAUAUCUUCUAAAGCUAAUACAAUGUUCAUCUGCAAGUUAAUCAAGCUGUUGCGUAUUAUAUGAAGCUGGCAAUACUCAUCUCUAGUACUACUGAUAUCAUUCAAUAUAAAGUAGAAGAGACUAUUGAUCCAAUUUUGGUUCAGUGGCUUCUGAUACAACUAUUGCUGGAUAAUUGUCAUCAUUUUUGCAAAACUGUGGUUACCCAUGAUCAAGGGAGAGGCAGUUUAUAUGGUCUACCAGAGUGCAGAACUUUGAUCAGGUCCCAGUAGCGCCUGAAGACUGUGAUAUGGUCCGAGAUCCUAACAUCUUCAGAUAGAACAUCUUGAGCAACUCAAAAGAUAUAGAGAUGAACCUUAGGAAAGCUUAAGGUUGCAGAGACUAGCAAAUUAGAAGAUGAUUUAAAACGGACAACUUUUCAACACUCAUACCAAUAUUUCCUCAAAAUGUCUUCUCCCAGCAGAGAUUUGGAAGUGAACGUAGUAUCAAGCCCCUCGAGGAGCAACAGUCCCGUGGUUACCUGUUACCCGAUGAUAAAGACGCACAGUGUUACAAGUGAAGACGAAGAUAAGGAUACUAGUGCGAAGAGUACUCCAAGUACUCAGAAACCUUCUGGUGGUUCGACGAACUUUAGUAUAUCUAGUAUUUUGUCUCGUGAUUCGAAAUGUAAGACUUUGUCGGCGUCUCCUCCCAGUACGGGGGGCUUGGGAGACCCCAGUGGAGGAAGUUUGGGAGCUAGUGGAACGGAUACAGCUGUAUUGUCUAGGUUAGGAUUGAUGUCACAUUUUGGCGCGUUAGCUGCAGCGAGCAGUCGAUACGCGGCCUUGUGUGGGACGCCUGCGGAUCCUAGGACGUUGCCCUGGUACUGGGGACGGAUACCUGCUCAAAUUACCAAAGACGAACACAGCCCUAAUGGUGGUUCAACGAAUGACGACCAAUCACCGCCUCAUUCUCCACGGCCAAGCAACCACCAUACGCACCCUCCUCGUUCUCUCACCCCCUCCAGACCUUCAUCACGCCCCUCAUCACCUCCUUCCCCUCAAGGGGCAGGGGGUAGUCCCCCUCAUCACGGAACUGCCUCCCACCCCGCUUUCCUGGAUCAAAGCUACCUGUCCAGGUCCAAAAGUCCCGCUUAUAGAGAAAAUGAGAAUAUGGUUAUCGAUGAAGAGGUCGAGGAUGAAGAGAGUGAUUAUGAUAACGAUAAGGAUAAGAAGGUGCAGAACCCUAGCAUGAGUCCUGGCGGCAACUCGCUAAACAAACGAAAAAAGAAAACCCGGACAGUGUUUUCUAGAUCGCAAGUGUUCCAGUUAGAAUCGACCUUUGACAUGAAGCGGUAUCUGUCAUCGUCGGAACGAGCUGGUCUCGCAGCCAGUCUGCACCUGACAGAGACCCAGGUGAAGAUCUGGUUUCAGAACCGCAGGAAUAAGUGGAAGAGGCAGUUGGCUGCAGAACUCGAGGCUGCCAAUAUGGCGCAUGCUGCUCAAAGGCUGGUGCGAGUUCCAAUCCUCUACCACGAAUCCGCCGCCGCAGCGGCAGCCGCAGCCGCAGGUAGUACCGGCAUGCGACACCCGUUCGACCAGAACCACCCCUUAGGGCUGCCCCACCCCCUAGAUGGUCGAGAGGGCGGUGGUUCAGGUGGUUCCGCCCCUACCGGGUACCCCUCCUCUCUCUACUACCACCACCAAGCGGCAGUCGCUGCGGCAGCGGUCCAUUCGCUGCCCGCCUCCAGUCCUGUCACGCGACCUACGAUGUCCGGAUUGGUUUGAAGGUGGUAGGAGGAGCGAUAGUGGGCGUGACUUAAGCAGGCUCCGCCUAUUGCAGCACAUGACUAGCCUUUUAAUAUCUAGACUGGUCUUGGAGUAGGAAAGAGAUGUAGCGUAAAGGGCUUGAUGAACUGUGGGUAUGUUAAAUGAGAACUUCAAUCAAAUACAAGUUUAUCUGUGUAAGAAGACCUUCAAGCUUAAUGGGCGAGGAAGAGUGCUUCCCUAACUGAACCCAUGAUAAUUCGUGAUAGGUGAAUUCAACAUGAACGAGAUUACUGUAUUUUGAUAAGAUGUUUAAACAACAAAUGAUUCAUGCGUAUUACAACGGGUACCAUUGCAAUGACUAAAUAUGAUGUGUAAAACUGUGCUUAGAAUACCAAUCUUUUUAUAAAAUUAUAAAUCUCCAUGCUGUCUAUAAAUUGUCGUACGUGGUUGAUUCAAAUCCAUUUCAAAAAGCCAAUGACAAUUCCAGAACUACUUACAUGUAACUAAAAAAAAAAAUAUGAUAAAAUAUAAAAUACUCAAAACAGCGCAAAUAUUAGAAGUUAUAACGAACAGUCGUGAACGUUGACUAUCGUGCUUCUAUAUGGAUUUGAAAAUACAUCUGGCAACAUGACGAGAGGAUGUAAAAUGAAACUGGUAGCGCUUUAUCUUGCUAGUUCUGCCCUAGUUCAUUCCGAAUUUGUCCCCAAAAGAACAUAAAGCUUUCGGCACUUCCUGUCUUAUGAGCCAUCUGUCAGUGAAACUCUAUUCAAUGAAUUUGUCCCUUUUUGUACUGUUAUCGUGUAUUUUUCGAAAAGAGAGAAGAAAGCCAUGAAGAAAUUGGUUGUAGAAGCAUGAUUGCAUGCAAGUCCACAAGGAUAAGCUGUGAAAUAUGACACUGUUGACAGCUGACAACACAAGCCUGAGGUCCUCUAGGUUCUGUGAUAUCUUUGCCCAGUGUGUAAAGCUAGUUCAAAGUACGGUCCAAAAGAACAUGAAUAUACAGGGUGAUUCACCAGUCGUGACCAAAAAU